UCCAUAACUUCUAGUUCAUCAUCUAGUAUUAAUAGACCAAGCACGCAUGAUCAUGGGCCACGUCUACUCUCCACGCCUAGUACUCCCUUUGCUUCCUAUUUCGUGUGCAAAUUCUGGCGUUGUCCUCUCCCACAACACCGAUCAUCCUCUAUCAUGUGCUGUGAAUCCAUUUUGUAGUACCAGGUGGUUAUUUAUUAUGGCUCUUCAAUGGCCUCGAACGCUCUUUGCUUCCUAUUUCGUGUGCAAUUUCUGGUGUUGUCCUCUCCCACAACACCGAUCAUCCUCUAUCAUGUGCUGUGAAUCCAUGUUGUAGCACCAGGUGGUUAUUUAUUAUGGCUCUUCAAUGGCCUCGAACGCUCUUUGCUUCCUAUUUCGUGUGCAAUUUCUGGUGUUGUCCUCUCCCACAACACCGAUCAUCCUCUAUCAUGUGCUGUGAAUCCAUUUUGUAGUACCAGGUGGUUAUUUAUUAUGGCUCUUCAAUGGCCUCGAACGCUCUUUGCUUCCUAUUUCGUGUGCAAUUUCUGGUGUUGUCCUCUCCCACAACACCGAUCAUCCUCUAUCAUGUGCUGUGAAUCCAUGUUGUAGCACCAGGUGGUUAUUUAUUAUGGCUCUUCAAUGGCCCGCCUUGGCCUCGAACGCUCUCAGUAGUAUCACUACGUACUGUACCGGUACUUUUCAUUAUCGGAUCCUAAUAUAAACGUGGCCACCAUAGUUCUGUUUUAAAUAAUUGGCAUACUUGAUUCUUUUAUAUUUUAGGUGUGCUCCACCGAUAUUAUCAGACACGAGGACCAAACGACUGGACUUUUCAUCAUCCACCGACCGGUUGUACUUUUCAUUCAUCCGACAAAAUGAAAAUGUCGAAGGGCGGUCUCGUGGUUCGUCGUCAUCUGCAGUUGCUGUUACUAUUCGCUUUCGAGAAAGAGGUGACUUUGUUCACUUGUUCUGGUGUCUUGGCCUCUUAA